GCAAUAUUUUCAUAAGUUGGCAGUCCGUAAAUUUCAAGUUUCUGUUCAAUUAGAAUUCUUAUAGAAUUGUAGUCCCCAUCCUUACUUAAUCCAUCGGUCAUAAUGUCCACGAUGAAGUUCCUACGUCUCUCCACACGCACCACAUUUCGGACUGGGCUCGGGUGGUGCCGCCAUCUAGUUACCAACCCUCCUUAUGACUACAACCUGGUCGUGCUUGGCGGUGGCUCAGCGGGAUUGGCCUGCGCCAAAGAGGCAGCCGACUGCGGAGCUCGCGUCUUGUGCUUCGACUACGUGAAACCCACUCCCGCGGGCACCAAGUGGGGCAUCGGCGGCACCUGCGUGAACGUGGGCUGCAUACCCAAGAAGCUGAUGCACCAGGCUUCCCUACUGGGCGAGGCGGUCCAUGAGGCGAAGGCCUACGGCUGGAACGUGGACGACCAGAACCUCCGCCCCGACUGGCGCAAGCUGGUGCGCUCCGUGCAGAACCACAUCAAGUCCGUCAACUGGGUUACUCGCGUAGAUCUCCGCGACAAGAAGGUGGAGUACGUCAACUCGAUGGGCUCCUUCGUUGACAGUCACACUAUUGAGUAUUUGGCAAGGCCAGGCGACGAGCGCCGGAGGGUAACAUCCGAAUACGUAGUAGUGGCUGUGGGCGGACGUCCUCGCUACCCGGAGAUUCCCGGUGCCAUUGAGUUGGGAAUCACCAGCGACGACAUAUUCAGCUACGAUCGAGAGCCGGGUCGCACCCUGGUGGUUGGUGCCGGAUACGUGGGUUUGGAGUGCGCCUGUUUCCUCAAGGGCCUCGGCUAUGAGCCCACUGUGAUGGUUCGCUCUAUAGUUCUGCGUGGUUUCGACCGCCAGAUGUCUGAGUUGUUAGCUGCCAUGAUGACCGAGAGGGGGAUCCCGUUCCUUGACACCACUAUUCCCAAGACCGUAGAAAAGCAGGCCGACGGACGGCUGUUGGUCCGGUACCACAACACCACCACUCAAACAGACGGCAGCGACGUCUUCGAUACCGUUCUGUGGGCUAUCGGACGCAGGGGUCUUAUCGAGGACCUAAACCUUGAGGCUGCCGGAGUAAAGACUCAUAAUGACAAGAUCGUAGUGGAUGCCUCAGAGGCCACCAGUGCACCCCAUAUCUUUGCCGUGGGGGAUAUCAUAUACGGUCGGCCAGAACUCACACCGGUGGCCAUCCUCUCCGGCCGUCUAUUGGCCAGACGCCUUUUCGGCGGAUCCACACAGCUAAUGGACUAUGCCGACGUGGCCACUACAGUUUUCACUCCGCUCGAGUACAGCUGUGUGGGGAUGUCUGAGGAAACGGCCAUUGAACUUCGUGGAGCCGAUAAUAUUGAGGUCUUUCACGGAUAUUACAAGCCAACUGAGUUCUUCAUCCCGCAGAAGAGCGUGCGACACUGCUACCUAAAAGCCGUGGCUGAGAUAUCCGGAGACCAGAAGAUCCUCGGCCUGCACUACAUUGGUCCAGUGGCCGGCGAAGUCAUUCAGGGCUUUGCCGCCGCCCUCAAGUCAGGCUUAACUGUGAAGACUUUGCUGAACACUGUGGGAAUCCACCCCACAACCGCCGAAGAGUUCACGCGGCUUUCAAUCACCAAGCGAUCUGGUCGAGACCCCACCCCAGCCUCCUGCUGCAGUUAGUUGUAUGUUUUGAUAUGCAAAGGUAGUUAAGAAACCCCAUUUCAGUUUUAAGUUCAAGUGCAUAUGUCACCCGUCAAUUUGUCCCUUUUGUGGCACAAAUUUGUUCAUAUUAAACUAAUGAUGAUACU